AGUCGGAGUGAGCAUUUCGAAGAGCCUCAUACUCUGUCGCUGAAUUUUCAACUACGCAAGUCUUUUCGCAGUUACAAUAAAUACGUUUUAUAAAAGGGCCGCGAAGUGCAACAACAAAAAUAUUCUUACAGAAGUUUAAAUAUCGAUUGCGCAAAUAACGAAUCUUACAACUGAUAAGCAAUGGAGUCAGUGAAGCCUCAGAAAGAUGAAGAGCUUGAGAGGGCAAUGGCUUUGAUGCCACGAAACGGCAGUAAAGGUGAAGUUAAAGAAGUCGGUGGAGAACCCGAUGACGAUUACGAUCCACAUUUAUAUCGUAAGGUGCCACAUCCGACUUCAAACUUUGAAUCACUUGCACAUCUGUUGAAGGGAUGUUUAGGAACUGGAAUAUUAGCUAUGCAUGAAGCAUUUCACAACAGUGGCUGGCUGAGUGGCGUAGUCAACAUGGCAAUUAUCGGAUUUAUUUGUACAUACUGUUUCCACAUUCUCGUAAGAACUCAAUACAUCUUGUGCAAGCAGUAUCGGGUACCGCUUCUCUCAUAUCCCCAAAGCAUGAAACUUGCACUUCAACAAGGUCCCCGCGCUGUAAAAUGGAUAUCACCAGCAGCUGUUCCUAUCACUGACGGUUUUCUUAUCAUUUAUCAACUCGGUGUUUGUAUUUGCUAUCUCGUAUUCGUUGCAAAAAAUGUUGAAGAUAUUCUUCACUCUUAUGGAGUUGAGAUAUCUUUAACUAAAGUCAUGUUAUUCAUGUUCUUACCUCUUCUGGGCAUUAAUCUGCUUAGAAAUCUCAAAGUUUUGGCACCGUUAUCAACGUUAGCAAACAUUGUCACUUUCAUUGGAUUGGGAGUCGUUCUCUAUUACGUGUUUCAAGAUUUGCCACCACUUUCGGAACGUCCAAUGUUUGGACCUAUUGAAAAAUUUCCACUUUAUUUCGGAACUGUUUUGUUCGCACUUGAAGCUGUUGGUGUUGUCAUUGCUUUGGAGAAUAAUAUGAAAACACCAAAAAGCUUCGGAAGUAGAUUUGGAGUUUUAAAUGUUGGAAUGACAUUAGUUACAAUCAUGUAUGGAUUUGUUGGAUUCUUCGGUUAUCUUAAAUAUGGUGCAGAUUCGAAAGACAGCAUAUCAUUAAACAUUCCAAAGGGAUUGAUUCCUGAUAUCACUCGAGGACUUUUCACUUUUGCCAUUUUUAUCUCGUAUGGACUUCAAUGUUAUGUUCCUAUCUCGAUUAUUUGGGAUAACUACGUUAGUGAAAAAGUUAAAAGCUCACGACACAGUACAAGAUAUCAACUCAUUCUCAGAAUCGUUAUAACGAUUUUCACGUUCAUGGUUGCUGCCGCAGUGCCUGAAUUGGGACUUUUCAUUUCACUUUUUGGAGCUUUUUGUUUAAGCAUUCUUGGACUUGCCUUCCCUGCUCUCAUGGAAUUGUGUGUGUUGUAUCCGGAUAAACUUGGAAAACUUAAUUGGGUCAUGUGGAAAGACAUUGGACUCAUAAUAUUUGCAAUGAUUGGACUGGUUUCAGGAACUUAUUCGUCACUUCGUAACAUUAUUGCAACUUUCCAAUAAUCAGAAAUAAAACCGAAAUCGAAGUUUUUUCUUUUGAUGCGAUCAAAAAAAGAAAUACAAGAUGGUGUGAAACAUUCAUUAAUAAAUCAACCUAGCCAGUAGUACUCACUGUUGGUAGAAAUAGAAUCACUUUUGUUUCUUUCAUUCAUUUGAAUUUUUAAUUAGUUUUUAUGUUUCCAAAUGUUCCUCACAUGGUUUGUAUCAUUAGACUUUAAAGUGUAAGUAUUCAAAAAGAGUUUUAGAGAUUUCAUUAUGUUUUACUGCGUAGAAAUGGAUGCUUGUCCUAUAUGUGUACAUAUUUAUAAGAAAUAGAAAAUUUAUACAUAGAAUCAAAGUUUAGCUUUGAUUAAUUUAAUUCUUAUUAUUUUAAUCGUCAUAUUUUUUCAGAAAAAUUUGUUAGUAAUUCAAGGUCAUUAAAAGUAUGUAAAAUGUGUUCAACUGCUGUUUUCGUAUCACAUUUAGUCAAUUAAUUCC